AAUAUUUAUACAGAGUGAUUUUGAUAUGUAGAGGUUUGCCCUUAUUCUGAGAGACGGAUAAUGGUGUUGCAGUGCAAAAAUUUGCAAGCUGCGUCUGAAUUGCGUGCGAAUCGCGUGUGUAUUGAUACAAACGUGCGUCAACGAUGCUUUAAAAACGCGGUGUGCAUAGGCCCUUACGUAACAAUGAUCAUAACAAUUUGUUGUCACAGACGAGUGUAUUCAAUAGACAUCGCAUUAACGACUUUGAGACUUUUGAUUUUCGAUAGUAAAGGGGAGCAGACUGCAUGGCAUUACUUUAUUUAAAAAAAGAAAUGAGGUUUUUCGAGCUGUUGCCUUACCACGACUUUGACACUGGCAUAUUCGCUAACGUCUGCGUAAAUUAUUAUACUAUAUAUAUCUCGCUCGCACUAAUAUGCUAGUACGAGCGAAAUGCAUCGAAAGUAAGUUACGCAUGCUAGCAAAUAUGUCAGUGUCCAAGUCGUGGUAAUUAAGGCUAUGUAGGUACUAAAUAUUUAUUACUUAAUCCAAUAAUUGAAUGUUUGAUUUAACUUGAAAUGUAUCGAGAGAUCCUCUUUUCGCGUAAGAUUCAGAAGCUGCCCCGUUAAAAAACCAUUCUGUAGACCUGAGUUUUUAUCAUGAUCUCCUCCAACUUUUGACCGCUAUAUUACUGAACACAAACAACAUUAUCUUUAGUUUUUCGGCGGGCGUCUAUCAGUAAACAUGGAGUCGUUAAAGAAGCUACUUCUACUCAGCGUUCUGGCCACGGCUGAAGCAGACUUCACCGCCAACUGCCCCUUAAUAUGCAAAUGCUCUUGGGCCGCCGGCAACAAGAAGGCUGCCUGCUCCAACGUCGACCUCCACGAUCUCCCUAAGACCCUCAGCACCGAGAUACAGAUACUAGACCUCUCAAACAACUCUCUCCACGAAAUCAAACAACGCGCCUUCGAGGAUGCCCAACUUAUCAACCUAAAGAAACUUUUUCUUCGAGACUGCGAACUUCAAACCAUACAUAAACACGGUCUUAAAGGUCUCGCUAUCAUGAUUCAGCUCGAUCUAUCAAAGAACAAUCUCAAAGAACUACAUCCCGAUACAUUCAAAGAAAUCACCAAUAUUAGAUGGAUGCUACUCAAUGACAAUCAACUAGAGACUCUCGACGAUGGCUUGUUCAAUAAUCUGCCGAUUUUACAGAAAGUGGACUUGAACAAUAAUAAAAUUAAACAAAUCGGCGUGAGGACUUUCUUCAAUGUACCUAGGCUAAGUAACCUAAAGCUGGAUCAUAACCUUCUAGAGUCGCUUAAUAUCGAUACUCUUAGCGCGUUGACUGCUCUGACUAGUUUAGAUAUACAUGGUAACCCUUGGAAGUGCGACUGUCUCCUACAGCCUUUAAAGAAACUGGUUACAAGCAAGAAUUUAUGUACAACUCCCGUAGCUUGCACAACACCUGAUAUAGUACAGGGAAAGUUAUGGAAUGAACUAAACACGCCCGAUUUUGCUUGUCCACCAAAUAUCGUGUACCCUGCUACCGGCAUAACCAUACAUACCUACACAUCCUGAGUCUGAUACAAACUUAACGCUGUGUUGCCAAGCCAAUGGCAACCCUUUACCUGAAGUUAAAUGGUUUCAUAAUUCCACAUUAAUCGACAGUUCCUACAAUGUUCAAGGUACAUCAAAGUACUACCUAAGUAAGAGCAAUGAAGGUGACAACAAAACGGUCAAUCUGACAAUCAUAUCGCCCGGCACAACUGACCGUGGUGAAUAUUUGUGUGUAGCCACGAAUCCUGGCGGCGUUGAAGAGAGAAGUGUCAAGUUGGCAGUAGAUGAUGUCCUACCGACUUUAUCCUAGAGAGCACAUUUUGUAUGGAGUUUUAAGUAUAACAUGCUAUAGAAGCUUUUAAGUUCUGCUAAAUAUACAUUCAAGGAAGUAGGUAUCUCUCAAAGCGCCACGGUGAUUGACCUUAAUAAUAACUUAGUUUUUUAUAAUAAAUAAUUUACUAACCUUUC